UCUGCUGUGACUUACUGGCAGUAGGACACCUAUAGUGAGCCAACAUGAUCUCCCAAACUAUGAAGAUGAUGAUGGUGGUGGUGGCUGGCUUGCUGGUGGUCACCCUGGCCCACGCUGACGCCUCACCCUCAAGGUACACGAGUUACGGUGGACACGGAGGUAGAUACUAUGGUCAUGGAAGUGGCAACAGUGGACAAAGCAGUAGCCACGGUGGACACGGAGGUAGAUACUAUGGUCAUGGAAGUGGCAGCAGUGGACAAGGCAGUAGCCACGGUGGACACGGAGGUAGAUACUAUGGUCAUGGAAGUGGCAGCAGUGGACAAGUCAGUAGCCACGGUGGACACGGAGGUAGAUACUAUGGUCAUGGCAAUGGCUACAGUGGACAUGGAAGCAGCCACGGUGGACAUGGUGGUUCACACUAUGGACAUGGCAGCGGGUACAGUGGACAUGGUCAUGGCUAUGGUGGACAUGGUCAUGGCUAUGGUGGACAUGGUCAUGGCUAUGGUGGACAUGGUCACGGCUAUGGUGGACAUGGUCAAGGCUACGGUGGAUACGGUUACGGCAGCGGCUAUGGAAGUUUAUACGGAGGACACGGUGGCGUAUAUUCAGUCAGCCACCUUACGGGGGGGCAUGGGGCGGGAGGCGGUUACUCUCAUGGAUAUGGUUACGGCAAAUAGAGUCAUGUCUGUGCUGGUGAGUCAACCCUUAGAGAGUUAUUGAGUACGAUAACUAAAUCAGCUGAGUAAGAUUACCAGUGUUAUUAUUUCCGAGUAGAAUGUUAUGAUAAGAACACUAAUAAUAAUGUUAUAUAUCUUGUUUUAAUAUUCUUAAUUUAUAUAUUAUAUUAGGUAAAGAUGUAUAUACUAUACGUGAUGUAUGGUGCUUCAGUAUUUAUGAUCGUUAACCACGUGUACAGAAGACGGUUUCUACACUACACAACAAUCAUCAGAGCUUAAGGUAAUAUUAUCAUCUCUGUAAUAUACUCAAUAAAGGUCUUUGUCCACAAGUAACUCUUAUACCACUUCCCCUCUCUCUCUCUCACUCUCUCACAGAUCAGUUAAAGAGUUCAUCAGACUAAACUUUUCACAAUAAAACAUUAGGAAGUAA